CUGUUGCUUCUACAGCAUCACAGGGUCGCCGGAGAUUUUGUUUCAUUUUUUAAUGAAGUUUAUUGAAAGACAGUUCGUCAGCUGAAAACUCUUACCUGACUCAGAGAUGGAGAAACUAGAGACAUCAGAGCUUCAAUCUAGACUCUCAUCCCUGUCUGUUUCUUCUUUCCCUGGUAUAACGUCAAAAAACUGUGAAACAAACCCUUUAAACAGACUUCAAAGCACAGACCUUUCCCAGACAGUGAUCCAACCGGACAACCAAAGCAAAAUGGACGAUAACAGCAAUAACAAAGAAUCUCCACAGUCUACUGAGGAGCCCAGCGCAUCUCUCGGGAAGGCAGAAGCGAGUGACACACAGGAGAGCAGUACUUCACACUCCGGGGAGAAAAAAGCUCUUCCUCCGAUGAAACCGGCCUCCACGUGGACCUCUGUGGCAGUGAAGGAGCUGAAGACUAAGCUUCGUCAAGAGAAGGACAGCGUGGUGACGGUAUAUCGCGGAGACAUUAUGACCGUCCAUGUACCCAUUGUUCCUGAGGCCAAGCGAGUGUGCUGGGAGUUUGCCACAGAUGGAUAUGACAUUGGAUUUGGGGUUUACUUCGACUGGUCACCGGUCACUAGCCGAGCCAUUACUGUCCACAUUAGUGAAUCCAGUGACGAUGAGGAUGAAGAUGAAGAGCUGGAAGGCCCUGUGGUUCCAGGAGAUGUGGAGAAGGGCUCUAAAUCAAAUAACAACUCGAACUUGGGAGAGAUCCUGCCUGUGUACCGUCAGGACAGUCAUCUGGCAGUGCAGGGCGGCAGCCACGAGUUCCCAGGAGACGGCACAUACCAGCUGAAGUUUGACAACUCGUACUCGCUGUGGCGGAAUAAGACUCUGUACUACAGAGUGUACUACAGUGCCUGAGGAAUCAAGUGCUUAUUAAAAAAAAAUCAUCGUAUGUAUUCAAUUACUGUAUAAUUCUUGCUAUUGUUGAUUUGUGCUUUUCGUUUUAUCCAAGCCCUAUCAUAGAUCAAAAA